UUAUUCUGGCGGGGAUUUUCAUAGUUUCAACGACUUCUAAAUCCCUUGUGAUUUAUUAAGUGGUCUUAGUAGUUAAUAAAUAAUAUAAAAUUUACAAAUUUUCUAACCACAUAUCCCAACCCUACUUAUCUACAUCGAGAUAAGAAAAUUUUGUAAUCUGCUGUUGAUCGACGCAGCCAAUCUUGGUUCAGGCCUCAGAGUUUGUGCAAUUCAGAUAAAUUCAUUCAAUGCAGAGGCCAAAAAGAGCUCCACACUGAAAAUAUGGGUUUCUUAAUUGGCAUUUUGUCUGCUUUUUUCAUCGCAGCGAUAACUUUCAAAAUUUGGUACAAAUCAAUCGGCGGCAGGUGCGUCAGCAAAAAAAGAUUGGAUGGAAAAGUGGCGAUCGUCACCGGAUCCAAUACAGGCAUAGGAAAGGAAACUGCCCGUGAUUUGGCGCGUCGAGGUGCGAAAGUUAUCCUGGCCUGUCGCGAUUUGCAAAGAGCAAAUGCUGCAAGAGACGACAUAAUCAAAACGACUGGCAACAAAAAAGUUGAGGUCAUCCUUCUUGACCUCGGCUCGCUCGACUCGGUGCGAAAUUUCGUCAAGAAAUUUCUGGGCAGCGAAAAACGCCUGGACAUUUUGGUGAACAACGCGGCCGCCGUCGGUCUGGAGAACAAAAUCUCCAAGGACGGAAUGCAGCAGGAGUUGCAGGUCAACCACUUUGGGCCUUUUCUGCUCACACUUCUUCUGCUUGACUUGAUGAAGAAGAGUGCACCUGGCAGGGUGGUGGUCGUUUCCUCUCGGUCCCAUUUGAGAGGAUACGUCGAUUUGAGCGACGUCAAUUGUGAGAAAAAGUACCCAGGGUUCCUCAAAUUGUACGAAAUCGCAAAAUUUUAUAAUGUAAUCUUCUCAAAUGAGCUAUCCAGAAGACUGCAAGGCACAGGCAUUAUUUGCAACAGUGUACAUCCUGGAGCUGUUAACACAGAAGUGGGCAGACAACUCCCAGCAAUUUUGUACUCUCUUGUGAAACUGGCUUCAUGGUUUUUGGUCAAGACCCCAGAGGAAGGAGCCCAAACUCUGAUUCACGCUGCUGUUUCGGAAACUGUUGAAGGCACCGCAGGAAAAUAUUUCGUCGAUUGCAAGGAGGCAGAGAUGAACAAAGACGCGGUGAACAAGGACUUGGCUCGGAAGUUCUGGGAGAAAUGCGUCAAAUUGGUCAAAGUUUCUCAACAGGAGGUCAAAUGUAUAAAAAUAUAAUUUAACCCCCUAAAAGAUGAAAGGAAAUUCAAAAGAAAUAUAAAGGACUAAAUAAACUUUAAAUAAAUGUACUGAUUUUUUUUUAUCUCCAAUCUUAACAUUUAAAAACCUAAAAUAAAAGUAUGUAAACGUUUGCAUUCAUUUCUCA